AUGGUUUCCACGAGCAUCCAAGACCGGACGAACGAGUUCCGCACCAUCCUUGCGCAGGCGCAGAAGCGACAGACUGCAACCAAGGGUGGGCCACAACGACAAUCCCUCCUCAGCGAGUCACAGAAAAGAGAAGCAAAUGGAGCCGCCAGCGGCCCCUCGAGAGGUUCAAGGUCAGAGUUUGCUCGCAAUGCAGCCCAGAUAGGGAGAGGCAUCACCGCCACUAUGGGAAAGUUGGAGAGGCUGGCGCAGCUCGCUAAAAGAAAGGCCAUUUUCGACGACCGACCUGUCGAGAUUGCGGAGCUCACAUAUGUUAUCAAACAAGAUUUGGCUGGUCUCAACGCACAAAUAUCCGCCUUACAACAACUCACCCAGUCGCAACACCCAACCGCCUCCCAACCCCGAUCGGCGGACCAAGAAGGACAGCACAACAAAAACGUUGUGCUAAUGCUACAAAACAAGGUCACAGAUGUCGCGGCGAACUUUAAAGAUGUCUUGGAAGUGCGCACCAAAAACAUCCAGGCAUCCAGAUCGAGGACGGAGAAUUUUGUGUCGUCAGUGUCGGCAAGAUCCCAACCGCACCUGGACGAUUCAAGGUCACAAUCACCCCUCUACCAGGGCUCUGCGAGUCGGCAAAAAACUCCUCAGGCCUCUUCAACAGACCUUUUGACCCUUGAGCCUUCAAAUACUUCGACUCUGAUGAAGAAUACUCCACAGUCCGACCACCAACUCCUACUAAUGGAAGAAGCACAGCCCACCAACACGUAUAUUCAGGAACGUGGACAAGCCAUCGAAGCCAUCGAAAGGACGAUAAACGAGUUGGGUAGCAUUUUCGGUCAACUUGCAACCAUGGUGUCCGAACAGGGGGAGAUGUUGCAACGGAUAGAUGCAAACACCGAGGACGUGGUGGACAACGUUCAGGGCGCACAGAGAGAACUGCUGAAAUAUUGGAAUCGGGUACAAGGGAAUAGAUGGCUGGUUGCUAAAAUGUUUGGUGUUCUCAUGAUAUUCUUCUUGCUUUGGGUGUUGAUAUCGGGCUGA